UGGUCUAUGUUAGGUGAGGAAGGGACCUGGUUUGGAGGAGGGAGGAUCCUAAAGAGUGAAACCACUUCCUGUGUAGCUAGUUCCUGUGUUGACAAAAAGAGUUGAAGGGGAGGCAGGGAUGGAGGGAACAUAUGCUGAAGUUGGAGGGCUAGUGAAGCUCUGGAAAUGAGAAGGCUAGAGUAGGACCCACCUCUACUCCUGCAGCUGGGAGAGUAUUUUUUCCCAGUCUGUUCCCCUGGGGCAGAGAGGUCAAACAAGCUGUUUGGGUGGGAAAAGAGAAUGGAGGAAGUUGACAGAGAUAGGCGGGGCUGGUGGGGGGGGGCUGACCAGGAACCCAGCUUCCUGCUCAGUACCCACGCAUCCAACCCCCAGCUCACCCCCAUCCCUUCCAGCCCCCACUCCCCUCAGGAACCCAAGGUUCCAACCUUCCUCCCAAAUCCUAGCCAUCCCUUCCCCCAUCGGCUUCUCCCCACUAGGGGAUGGAGGCAGAGAGACCCCAGGAAGAACCCCAGGAAGAAGAGGCUGCUGAACAGGGACCCCCGCAGGAUGAGCAGAGGGGCUGGACCACUCUGAAUUCUACCACUCGGCCUUGGCGAUCUGCUCCUCCAUCCCCUCCUCUCCGAGGGAGCCGCCUUACAGCCCUGGGCCCCCGCUCGGCCUCCCUGCUCUCUCUGCAGACCGAGCUUCUUCUGGACCUGGUGGCUGAGGCCCAGUCCCGCCGCUUCGAGGAGCAGAGGGCCAACUUCCACACUCCCCAGAGCCCCCCAAGCCUAGCUCCAGCCCCACCCCGGCCCCUUGAGGACAAAGAACAGCUCUAUAGCACCAUCCUCAGUCACCAGUGCCAGCGGAUGGAAGCCCAGCGAUCAGAGCCCCCCCUACCCCCAGGGGGACAGGAACUCCUGGAGUUACUGCUGAGAGUUCAGGGUGGAGGUCGAAUGGAGGAACAAAGAUCCAGACCCCCCACACACACCUGCUGAGAUUUGAGCCUGCAGCAGUCCCUUUUUCCCUCCUAGGGCUCAAAGGUGGGCUGCCCACUGCAUGCCCUCAACCCUGCUUGGCAGGACUUGAGACUGAAGACCCAGCAGAAAUUGCAUUAAUGACCCUCAGCACCUUCCCAGGAAGCUAGAGUGGGUGAAAGUGCUCAAACUCUAGGAAUAGACCAAGCAGGACCAUCAUUGAACUCCUCCCUCAAGAGGCUGGAGCUUGAAGGUAGUGAGAGGACGCCAGUUUGGGAAGCUCUGGGAA